AUGGGGGUGUCCGGUUUGGUUGUAGAAGAAUGUCGUACAACAAUGCUCCAUCAUGAUACGGAUAUCUCUAGGCUUAUGAUAUAUGCCCAACAAAUUGAGGAGACAAAGCUUAGGAAGAUGAAUAGUGAGGCAAAAAGGGCAAGACCCGAUGAACAAAGUCAACCAAGGUCCAAAAAGAGGUACUUCAACCAAGAUUCUUCUAUGGUCAACAAUGAUAGGGUGUCUAACCCUAAACCUCAAGGAGGGAAUAGAGGUGGUUCUUCAUUUGAAAGGUCUAUUUGUACUAAGUGUGGGAAGAAACAUUUGGGUAAGUUUCUUGCCGGCAUGGAUUGGUACUUUGGGUGUGGGAAGAAGGGUCAUAAGAUGAGAUAUUGCCCAACACUUUCAGCAAAGGGGAGAGAGGCCAAACAAGCUUCUCUUGAUGUCCCGGAUCCUAAUGAUCCAAGGAAGAAUCAUUUUUAUGUGCUUCAAGCUAACAAGGACAAAGGGACUAAUCCGGAUAAAGGUACCGGUAAGUUGAUAGUUCCUUAUGGUGUGAAUAUCUUAUUGAGUAUCAAGGGGAGUUGUGUUUGUGUUGCAGCGGAUCGUUCAGCGUCAUUAGUCAGAAUCGCCGAUCAAGUCAUCGAUUCAGCAUGGUCGUGCUCUAGGUUACUGGGCGGCAUGGUACUGCUUUGCGGAAUUGCUCGGCGAUGCACCGACUGUUCCCUUUUUCUGCCGACUUGA